AUGGCUCUCGUCAGCUUCGUCACGUCGCAGAACUUUGAGAAGCUCAGCAUUCUCUUCCAGUGGAAACUUCUCGUGUUGGCCGUGAUUCCCGUUGCUGUGGUGUACUGCCUAAGAUGGACGAAAUCACCACCGGGCAUCGACAUCAAGCAGUACUCUCACUUCCCACAGCCUGAAGAGGCGGAUCCAGUGAGGGGUCAUUGGCCGUGGAUUGAGAAGUCCGCUGGUCUGGGUGAUCCUCGAAGGGCAUUUGAUGAGAUUCUGUACGAACAGGCUGAGAAGCUUGGUUUCCCUCCCGUUCUUUUGGUGGACUGGCGCCCGAUCGAAAAGUUCCUGAUCCUGUUCAUCCUCGACAACGAUGUCGCCGAACAAGUCACCAAGCCCUCGAAGCAGUACAGCACCAGUGUGCCGAAGCAUCCCGCCAUCCAACAUCUCGCUCCCCUGGUUGGCGCACGAUCUCUCGUAACAACGGAUGGCGAAGAAUGGAAGGGACUACGAAAGAGAAUUCUCCCCGGCUUCGCGCCGUCGCAUCUCCUCGGUCUCGUAAAUGUCAUUUUAGACAAGUCGGAAACCUUCAUCGAGCUUAUGGAGAAGAAGGCGGCUACUGGCGAAGAGUUCGCUAUUGACGAAUACACCACAAACUUGGCCUUCGACGUCAUCGGCAUCGUAACAUUCGAUAUGGACCUGAACGCGCAAAUCGAGGGAAAGCAGAGCGAGGUGUUGCUGACAUACCGCGCCCUGUCACAAGCCUUCAACAAGCGUAUUCCCGGUAAGAACUGGCUGCGUGAAUACUUCACCGAGAACGAACGCACUCUCAGACGCCUUGACAAGAAGCUCGACGGUAUCCUCAAGGCGGAGAUCAAGAAGCAGCACAAGGAGCUCCUAGCCGGCGCCGACACCGCAUCCCGCAGCGUCGCGACGCUCAGUCUCCAAGGUAUCGACGUCCUGACCCCGGAGAUCCUCCAACAGACCAGCGACACCCUGCGCGGUUUUCUGUUCGCCGGCCACGACACGACGAGCAUCUUGUUGCAGUGGUGCUUCUACGAGCUUCAUAGGCGGCCCCAGUCGGCCAAGGAACUAAAGGAUGAGCUUGACGAGGUCUUUGGCCCGGAUCAGAGCCCCAAGUUUGUCAUCGAGCAACUCAAGGGUCCCGAAGCUGGAAAGCUUCUGGCCCGCCUGCCUUACACCGAUGCAGUCAUCAAGGAAGCCCUGCGCCUGCAUCCUCCCGGAACCACAGCCCGCGUCGCCCCCCAAGGCUCCGGAACGACCCUGACCCUGCCCAACGGACAACAGCUGGUCGUCGACGACCUCUGCGUGACGCCCCGCGCCUACAUCAUCCAGCGCCACCCCAAGAUCUUUGGCGAGACCAAGGACGACUUCAUGCCCGAACGAUGGCUCGGCGAGGAGGGCGCCAAGAUCCCGGACAGCUGCUUCAGGCCCUACGAGAGGGGACCCCGACGGUGCACCGGAUCCGAAUUGGCGAAUCUGGAGGUGCGCAUCAUCCUGGCCUGCAUCGCGAGAUACUUUGAGUUUGUCAAGGUUGGACAGGGCGAGCUGGAUCUGGAUGAGAAGGGGCAGCCUCAGCUCGACGAGAAGGGUUUCUACAAGACGAAGUCUGUCAUGUUCUCGACUCACUUGGUUACCGCUAAGCCUGUCGACGGCAUGAGGGUGAAGGUCCAGAUCAAGGGACAGGCGUAA